CAGCUGAGGCCACAGGGAGAAGAAGCCAUGACCCCCACCCUCAGGGCCCUGCUCUGCCUCGGGCUGAGUGUGGGCCUCAGGACCCCAGUUCAGGCAGGGACCCUCUCGGAUGAGCCCCUCCCCAAGCCCACCCUCUGGGCUGAGCCAGGCCCUAUGAUCCCCCGGGGGAUCCCCGUGACCAUCUCCUGUCAGGGGACCCAAGGGACUAAGGAGUACCGUUUUGAGAAAGAGGGAAGCCCACAAUCAUGGAAUAAUCAGAAGCCACAGCAGCCUGGGGACAAGGCCAAUUUCUCCAUCACACACAUGACAGACAAUGAUGCAGGGAUAUAUCGCUGUUACUAUCUCAGCCACACUAACUGGUCAGAGCGCAGUGACCCCCUGGAGCUGGUGGUGACAGGAGCCUACAGCAGACCCAGCCUCUCAGGUCUGCCCAGCCCUGUGGUGACCUCAGGAGAGAACGUGACCCUCCAGUGUGGUUCAGGGCAGGUAUUUAGCAGGUUCCUUCUGACUAAGGAAGGAGAUCACAGGCUCUUCUGGUUCCUGGACUCACAGCCACAGCCCAGUGGGCAGUCCCAGGCCCUGUUCCCUGUGGGCCCCGUGACCCCUGGCCACAGGUGGACGUUCAGAUGCUAUGGCUGCUACAGGGACAGGCCCCAUGUGUGCUCACACCCCAGUGAUCCCCUGGAGCUCCUGGUCUCAGGUGAGUCUGGAAAGCCCUCCCUCCUGAGCCAGCAGGGCCCCAUCGUGGCCUCUGGACAGAGCCUGACCCUCCAGUGUCGCUCUGAUGUCGGCUAUGACAGAUUCGCUCUGCACAAGGAGGGGGGACAGGACCUCCCCCAGAGCCUUGUCCUGCAGCCCCAGGCUGGGCUCUCUCAGGCCCACUUCCCCCUGGGCUCUGUGAGCAGCUCCCACGGGGGCCGGUACCGAUGCUACGGUGGAUACAACCUGUCCUCUGAGUGGUCGGCCCCCAGUGACCCCCUGGACAUCCUGGUGGCAGGACAGCUGUCUGACACACCCUCCCUCUCGGUGCAGCCAGGCCCCAGGGUGGCCUCAGGAGAGAACGUGACCCUGCUGUGUCAGUCACAGAGCCAGAGGGACACGUUCCUUCUGUCCAAGGAGGGGGCAGCCGGUCCCCCCUCUCGUCUGAGAUCAGAGCACCCAGCUCAGCAGUUCCAGGCAGAGUUCUCCAUGAGCCCUGUGACCUCAGCCCACGGGGUCACCUACAGGUGCUACAGCUCACACAGCUCUUCCCCCUUCCUGCUGUCACUCCCCAGUGAGCCCCUGGCGCUCCGGGUCUCAGCAGACAUCCCCAGACCCUCCAUCUGGGCUGACCCAGGCCCCAUCGUCACCAAGGGGAGCUCUGUGACCAUCUGGUGUCGGGGGUCUCUGCAGGCUAAUGCCUACCUUAUGUAUAAAGAGAGGCGCUCUGAGCCCUGGGAAACGAGGAUCCCACAGAACUCCAGCAACAAGGCCGGUUUCCUCAUUGGAGCCACGACCCAAUCCCACGCAGGGCUGUACCAGUGUGCAUAUCACACCACUGGGGACAUACUGUCAGAGCGGAGUGACCCCCUGCUCCUGGUGGUGACAGGAGUGGACAGUGCACCCUCCCUCUCAGCCCAGCCAGGCCCUGUGGUGGCCUCAGGAGGGAACGUGUUGCUCUUGUGUAGCUCACGGGUCACCUCGGGCCCCUUCCAUCUGCUGAAGGAGGGAGGGGCUGACCUGCCCCGACACAUGGAAGCAGAGCCCAAGAUGCAUGCUGGGAGGUGGCGGGCCAUCUUCCCUCUGGGCCCCGUGAGCCCCUCCCAUGGGGGCACCUACAGAUGCUAUGGCUCUUCCAGCUCCAACCCCCACGUGUGGUCACAGCCCAGUGCCCCUCUGCACAUCGAGGUCACCGGUGUGCACAGGGAGCCCGCCCUCUCGGCCCAGCCAGGCGCACUGGUGCUGCCUGGACACAGCCUGACCCUCCGGUGCCACGCGGAGGCCGGCUUUGACAGAUUCGCGCUGACCAAGGACGAAGGGCUCACACACCCCCAGCGCCUCGAUGGGCAGCGCAGCCCCGCCUUCCCCCUGGGCCCCGUGAACCGCACCCACGGGGGCCGGUACAGAUGCUACAGUGGACACCGCCGCUCAUCUGCGUGGUCGGCCCCCAGCGCCCCCCUGGACAUCCUGGUGGCAGGAAUGUACAGGAAACCCUCCCUCUCAGCCCACCCGGGACCCUCUGUGUCCAGGGGAGGGACCGUGACCCUGCAGUGUGGGUCUGAGAUCUGGUUUGACACCUUCCAUCUGCACAGGGAGGGGUCACUGGACCCUCCCCAGCACCGUCGUCUGCAGAACACAUCUGCACCCGCUCAGGCCACCUUCACCCUCAGUCCUGUGAGCUCAGGCCACCAGGGGACCUACAGAUGCUAUGGCUCACGCAACACCUCCCCCUACCUGCUGUCACAGCCCAGUGACCCCCUGGAGCUGGUGGUCUCAGGUCUCAAAUGGAACCAGAUAAUCCUGAUUGGGGGGUUGGUGGCCCUCAUCCUGCUGCUCUCCCUCCUUCUCUUCCUCCUCCUUCGACACCAGCAUCAGAGCAAAGGCAGGACGUCGGCCCAGAGAGAGGCUCAUGUCCAACCUCCUGCAGGGACCACACACCCAGAGCCCAAGGACAGAGGCCUGCAGAUCAGCUCCAGCCCAGUUGUGGACACCCAGGAAGAGCACCUCUAUGCUUCUGUGAAGGACCCGCAGCCUGGGGAGAGCGUGGAGCUGGACCCUCAGAACAGGCAGGAUGAAGACCCCCAAGGAGUGACCUACACCCAGGUGAAUUGUUCAAGACCAAGACCCAGGCAGGAAAUGGCCGCCUCUCCUUCCUCCUUGUCAGGGGAACUGCUGGACACAAAGGGCAGACAAGCAGAAGAGGACAGACAGACGGACAGUCCUGCUGCACCUGACGACUCCCAGGAUGUGACCUACGCCCAGCUGAACCUCUUGGCCCUUAGACGGCAGACAAGUGCACCCCCUUCCUCCCCGUCAGAGGAGCCCCCAGAAGAGCCCAGCUUGUAUGCUGCUCUAGCCUUCCACUAGCCCAGCAAGGACCCAGACCCCACACUCCAGGGAGGGGGCCUGCAGAACCCCAGAAAGCAUGGGUCUCCCCCAAUGGAGACUCAGCUAGUGACCCCAGCUAGUCUGGAGACCAGACAUGCUCCCCUGGAAGCUCCUGGGACCCUCUGGGAGUCACCCGGUUCUAUAAGCAAUAUGUCUACAUUGUGGAAUCAAAACCAGACUUCUCAAUAAUCAAUGUGUGCAUUUAGAACAAAACAGAAGAGAGAGGAUGCUUUAAGUGAAUGACAAUGUAAAUAUCAUUCAUCAAACUAUGAAAUGGAACAUAGGAACAACCUACGUGUCCUCGAACUGAUAAUGGGAUAAAGAUGUGGUAACUAUACAAACAGAAUAUUUCUCAGCCAUAAAACAUGGAAUACUGCCAUUUGCCACAACAUGGAUGGAUCUGGAGAGUAUCACGCUAAAUGAGGAAAGUCACUCAGAAAAGGACAAGAACCGUAUGAUUUCACUCAUGUGGGUGAAGUAUGAAACUUGGAACUGUCAUGUAUGUUAAAUACAUUGAAGCUGUAAUUAAAAACUUUCCUGCAGCCCUAGCUGGUGUGUCUCAGUGGAUAGAGCAUUGGGCUGCGGACUGAAGGGUCUCAGGUUCGAUUCCAGUCAAGGGCACAGGCCUGGGUUGUGGGCACGAUCUCCAGUGGUGAUUGUCAUCAUUGAUGUCUGUGUCUCUC